AUGAGCAGUCUACGAGGUUAUUAUGGUCUAAAAUCAAAAUAUCAGAAAGCUACAUACGAAGGCUUUGAAAUGGCUGUUUAUCAGAAAGGAGGUUCUCAUUAUUUAGAGGAUGGACCAUUUGCCAAACCGUCAUGUUCUUCUAACCUGCCUCUGAGUCAUCAUAGAAAAUCUAAAUGCUUAGGUAAUGGUUUCAUGUCUGAGAAUGGUGAUGUGGCUGAUGAUGUGUCAGUUUCUGUUUUGGAAACCAGAGAAGUUGACUCUGAAAAAUGGAUUGAGAAGUUAGUAAGAAGGCGUCAGAAAUCUGAAGCUGACUUUGGUUCCCGCACCCCAGAAAUGCUGAUAGAGGAAGAAAAUUGCAGUAGUGGUGGUGGAUUUUCUGCAAUUACAGGUAAAGGAUUAGCUCUGAGACCCAAGGCAGCAAGCCGAACUAUCUUGGGUUCUGAAGCUGAAGCAGGUUGGCAGAAUGCUAUUCCUAUAGGUUUAGGGGGUUCAUUUGUGGCUGACAGUUUUAGUGGAGUAAGGAAGUCAUCAAGUACAUCGAGUUUGCAGGAUUCUGACAGUAGCACAUGUUCAUCCAUCUGGCCAACAUCAAAGUGGAGUUUGAAGCCAGGUCUGCAGGCCCUUUCGACUGCAGCCAUUACAAGACCAAUCUUUGAUGGCUUGCCAAAACCAGUAACUGGGCGAAGAAGCAAAGCUGCACUUGAUUAGUGAAGUUCGUUUCACUAUCCAGGUUAUCAAUUUUGUUUCAUAUUUGUGAGGCUAUCAUUUUUUAUGGGGCGAUACAAAGUAAAAUUGGACAGAAAAGAGGAAAAUAAAAUGGAUAUUGAUCUUCGGAUGCUAGACAAUUUUAAUUUUGGCUGAAUUACAUUAAUUUGGUUACGGGAGCUACAGUUCAAGCUAUGAGUGGAAGUUGAAAGCAGCCGCAGAACUUACUUCUUGACUGCUUCUUGUUUUCUGACUAUAGAUUUUUGCUACAGCUAGUGGACCUUGAACCUUACAGAGAAUGCAUAUUACAUAUUUAGGUCUGUUGAUUUAAGAAAGGGCGAAGGAUAUUGUCUAUAAAUAUAGUUUUUUUUUUUUCAUUUGUGUUUUAACUUUAUAUUAGUGUUAUUUUGACCAGUUACUGUUGUUCCUCCAUGUUCAUGAGGCAGGCAAUUAUAC